UAAUCACAGAGUCCAUACUCAAUGGAACGGUAUUUUCUAUUGCCGUUUUCUAUUCUAUUUUCAUUUUUGGAUAACUCUGGGGCAUUUGAAAUUAUUAAUACUAGAAACAUUCGUGGCACGUAUUGUUUAUGGAAAAACACUCAAAAUACUGUACAAUAAUGAAGAUUGAAGAAACAUUAUUAAAUUAGUAAAUAUUAACAGAAGUAACAUUAGGUGUCAGGUUUGCUGAUAAAUGUUAAGUUUUAUGUUUAACUAAUUAUGGAUUGGAAUAAUACUAAGGUGAUAGAGUUCAUUGAACUUCUGCAGAAUGAACCCACUAUAUGGGAUCCUCACGAAAAAUCCCGUAAAAACAGAACGGCCGUUAAUGACGCAUGGGAGAGAAUUAAAAAUUCAUUCUCACUUCAAUGUUCUAUUGAUGAGUUAAAAAAGAAGAGAAAUUCUUUGAUGGCUGCCUAUAGGGACCACUUAAAAAAACUUAAAGAUUCUUAUGCCACCUGUACAAGUACAGAAGAUGUGUACCAACCAACAUGGUUUGCCUUUGAAGCUAUGCACAGUUUUUUGUGGACAGUGUAUGAAUACAACAACAUCAGAAAUACUGAGGAACAUAUGACCUCAAAAUCUGAAAGACCUCUCUCCAUAGAAUCAGACAUGGGCAGUGGUAAUGAAUCAAUGCAGUAUGAACGGUGCAACAAACGAAAAAAAACUACAAAUACAGAGGACUUAUCCCAAAUGAAGAAACGGAUUGAUGAAGCAGUCUCCCUGGUAGAAGAGAGAAAUUCACAAAAUCAGACAGAUGAAAAUGACUUGUUUGGCCAACUUGUGGCACAGAAAUUAAAAAAAAUGGAUGAAGAUGACAGGCUUAUGUUAACUCAUGAUAUACAUAACUUGAUUUUCAAGUAUGAAAUGAAAGCAAGAUCCAGAUUAAGGGUGGGUAUUCAGUUGAGCAUUGACUCUUAAUAGAGUGUUGAGCAUUUGUGGUUUUAUCAUGCUGAUUGCAUGUGCAUUUCCUGUUAUGUUACUACGUGGUUUUCAAAAGAACAUGUGUUUUGGUGUAACAUUUUACUGAGCAAAAUAAUGAAAGCGGGUGACCUGACAGUUUCUUUUGCUAAAGGUUCAAAACUAAAUUUAACAUAAGGGACUACAAGAUGUCUCUUGGUGUGAGCAUUGCGCCGAAUAGAGCAUUCAUUACUUAUGUAUUUGAGAAAAUGCUGAAGUGUAUACCCACCCUAACUGUACUGUAUGUCAGCUGAUAGUGAACAGUCAUACAAUUUAAUUAAAAUGGAACUUUCAGCUCUACUAUAAUAGCAAAAUUAUCAAAUAGAUAAAAAUACUCAACAACAUAUCUGUCCUACUCAAUUUUUUUAAAUUUGAACUCAAAAUCAUUAUGUUAAAAUAAAUAUCUCAAGCAUAUAAAAUGAUGAGCUUUCAGACUGAUUGGGAGAAAUAAAAUUUGAUUCUUUUUUU